AAGCUUGUUGUCCUUGGCUCACAAGGCGUCGGAAAGACUUCACUAGCAUAUCGCUAUGCGUCUGGCCAAUUCAACCCUUCUGCUGUGCCGUCGACCAUCGGCGCUGCUUUCCUCACGAAGAAGCUUGUCGUAGACAAUGUGAAUUGUCGCCUGCAGCUGUGGGAUACCUCCGGCCAAGAGAAGUGGCGAGCCAUCGCUCCAAUGUAUUACAGGGGUAGCCACGCUGCUCUACUCGUCUAUGACAUCACAUCGCGGAGCAGCUUUGAUGACCUCAAGUAUUGGAUUGACGAGCUGAAGAAGAACAUGGGCGACGAUCUCAUCAUCCACGUGGUAGGAGCCAAGCUAGAUCUUGCACGGUCGAGACAAAUUGACCCUCACGAGGCAAGGGAGCAGGUCUUGCAA